AUGAGCUUAUUUGUAUUCGGAUAUGGCAGUUUAUUAUACAAACCAGUUCCUCAUUAUGUUAAUUGCUAUCCUGGCUUCAUUAAAGGAUUUGCUCGAAGAUUUGCCCAGUCCAGCAGUGACCAUAGAGGUACAGUUGAAAAUCCCGGCCGUGUAUGCACAAUCGUACACAGCGACGAGUGGGCCAUGUACGGAGCGAGUCAUCCCUGCGGCAAAGGAGACGCAUUUCCCGAAGACGACCAAGUUUGGGGUGUCAUUUACGAGAUAGCUCCUGAGCAUUCGUCCGAGAUAAAAGCGUACCUAGAUGACAGAGAAAAGAACGGCUACACCGAGGAACGUAUUCACGUUUACGGCGCUGAUAAUAAAGUUGCAUUCGAAAACGUUUUGAUUUAUGUUGGAAGACUUGAUAAUCCGGCUUUUGUCGGUCCUCAACCUAUCGAUGAACUUGCUAUGUUGAUUGCCACACACGAGGGUCCGAGUGGAACUAACAAGGAUUAUUUAUAUCAGUUGGCAGAGCACGUACGACGUAUCUGUCCAGAAAGCACAGACCAUUACUUGGAAACACUCCUCGCUCAUGUCAAACACUUUGAAAAGGCUGGACAUGUUCCACCAUCUGAACAAAAUAGCUGA